AUGUUAAAUUUUGAUUAUUUCAUUGCAGGUUCUUGGGAUCAUCAAUUUCUUCUAGAGUGUGUUUUCCGGACUCUUCAGGUCUUUACCCUGUAUAAUUUCAAGGUCCAAGUGUUUGUAUGUGAUGGGGCAUCAGCCAACCUGGUGUUGAUUAAGUUGCUCUGUGGAUACAAACGGGAACAGCUUCCCCUGUGUGAUGGAGAGGAUCCUUUUGCUGUGACAGCGUCUUUUCAAAACCCGUAUGAAGAUCAACCAAGGGACAAGAGAGUAUUUGUUGUUGUUUGCCCAUCUCACCAGGUUAUCUGAAACUCAAGAAAUUGCAUGAGUCAAUAAUAUCAAUAGCUUAUUUAAAACGGCCCCAAAUUUCAUUAAUACAUUAAUUUUUUACUAGCCUGCCAUGGUCUGCUUUGGUACGAAAAAAAAAUUCUCAAAAUGGGAUUAGCAACUCCCACUGAUUAAUUAUCUCAAUUACUUUAACUCCAGUUAACCUGUUUAAUCUGCUAAAACUCUGUACUAAGGGAUUGAAUACUAUUAAUCCUUCAUAAUUGCCCUGAUGGACACUUUCUCUAAUGAUAAUCCUUCUUCUACUAUAACUGCUAGCUUCUGUUCACACUUUUUUGUCUUCCAUUUUACACAUAGUUUAGUAGAUUUUGGCUUCUCCAUUAUUUUAUGGUUCAGUAUGCUUAUAACUAAUGAAUUGAUUUUUAUGACAACUGUUUUUCUAUGUUUGAACAGCUCAAGAACACUAUUGCAGCCCCAUAUAGCUCAAGGCCUGGUGGUGCCUAUAAUAGAUCAGUAUGA